AUGGCCGAACAGCAGGAGCCGCAUUCGCUCUCGUCGACGUUUCCCAAUCCUCCGCCGUUCUGGAAGGACUUUACGCCUGAAAAGUUGUCUCGGGUUGAAGCGUUAAGGACAGCGCACCUCGGUCAGCAUGAAGGAGAGCCGUUGACGGUGCGCGUACCCGAUGUGCCUGAGGAUCUCAUCAACCUCCAGCCGCCAGCCGAGCCAGCAGAUGGGCGCUGGCGGGUAUUUGGCGACCAGUACAUGCUGGAUGACAAGCUCCCCACACUCGAGGAACAAGGAAUCAUCAACCUUCCCUCAACCACUCCCUCAGAUUCCAAGGAUGUCAAGCACUUUGACCGCGCUUUUGAGCUGAAGCGCCUGGCCAAGUCACUACUACUUAACUUCUUGGAGCUCACCGGCACGCUAGCACAGAACCCAGAGCAAGCUGAAGCCAAAGUUCAAGAUCUCCGGACCCUGUUCAUCAACUUUCACCACAUCCUCAACGAGUACCGACCGCAUCAAGCGCGUGAAUCUGUCAUCGCGCUCAUGCAGGAGCACCUGGACCGCACGCGCACCGAGACAAUGGCCAUAAGGACGCAGGUGGAUAAGGCCCGCCGCGUGCUCGAUGGCCUGGGGAGCUUGAGUGUGCCCAACGUACCUAAGCCGCUUGGGCAGGCGGAAGCAGAGGAGGAUUAUGCUGCGCUGGCGGCACAGAGGGAGGCCGAUGUGUGGGCUGCCACGGACGCGAUGUUUACCUAG